AGAAGAGACAACAUGCAGGCUGUCAUUUUUUAUUUCAGUGGGAGUUGGGUAAAGCUGCAUUCAGCAAAAGUUAAGGCAGAUAGAAGACCGCAAGGACCUGCAGAUUUAUCAAGUGCCUAAUUUGCAUGUUUUCAUUGAACAUGUUUCUCACUGAUCCAAUCACUAUUGUUCUAUCAGUUAUAAUAUGUGUUUGUUUGAUAAGUCUUCUGUAUGGUUGGAACAGAAUCACAUCACCAAACUUCCCUCCUGGACCCAAGCCUCUGCCGAUUAUUGGAAAUCUCCAUAUCAUUAACAAACGUGCACCCUAUAAAACAUUUCUUGAGCUAGCUAAACAGUAUGGUCCAGUAUACAGUAUCCAAAUCGGGGCCCGAAAAAUGGUUAUACUCUGUGGAUAUGAAACUGUGAAAGAUGCGCUAGUGAACCACGCUGAAGAAUUUUCUGGAAGAGGAACAUUGCCCAUUUUUCAUGAUGUAAAUAAGGAAAAUGGUGUGAUUUUUGCUAAUGGAGAGAACUGGAAGGUAAUGAGGAGAUUUGCUCUUACAACUUUACGUGAUUUUGGAAUGGGAAAAAGAACAUUAGAAGAUAAAAUUAAUGAAGAAUGUGACUUUUUGGCACAAAAACUUGAAUUCUUCAAGGGAAAACCAUUUGAAAACACAAUGAUCAUAAAUGGUGCUAUAGCCAACAUUAUUGUUUCCAUAUUACUUGGUCAUCGCUUUGAUUAUGAAGAUCCAAAAUUUUUAAGGUUAAUGAGCAUCAUAAAUGAAAAUAUAAGGGUUUUGGCAAGUCCAUCAGUUAUGUUAUAUAACACAUUUCCAUCUUUGAUGCACUGGUUGCCAGGAAAUCACCAUAAAAUUCAUAGCAAUGUAGCAGAGUUUCAAAGAUUUAUUAGAGAGACAUUUACAGAUUACAGGGACAAAUUGGAUAUAAAUGACCAAAGGAAUUUGAUUGACGUGUUUCUGGUCAAGCAAAAAGAGGAACAACCUACUGGGCAAUAUUUCCACAAUGAAAAUUUAGUGGGUCUUGUAGGAAAUUUAUUUGUUGCAGGAAUGGAAACAACAUCCACAACUCUUCGCUGGGGUUUGCUGAUCAUGAUGAAAUACCCUGAAAUACAAAAAAAUGUGCAAAAUGAAAUUGAAAAAGUUAUUGGAUCAUCUGUGCCUCAAAUGGAACAUAGAAAAAAGAUGCCUUAUACUGAUGCUGUUAUUCAUGAAAUUCAACGAUUUGGAAGUAUUGUACCAACAAAUCUUCCUCAUAAGACUACAAGGGAUAUAUCUUUUAAAGGAUAUUUUCUUCCAAAGGAGACCGUCAUUCUCCCAGUGCUCACUUCUGUAUUGAGAGACAAGGAUUAUUUUGAGAAACCAGAUGAGUUUUACCCUCAACACUUUCUUGAUUCUGAAGGGAAUUUUGUGCGGAAUGACGCAUUCAUGCCAUUUUCAGCAGGCCAAAGAAUUUGUGCUGGGGAGAAUUUAGCCAGAAUGGAGCUGUUUCUGUUUUUUACGAGGCUGCUACAGAAAUUUACAUUCCGCCUUCCACCUGGUGCUUCUGAUGUUGACCUUACUCCAACGGAUGGAGCUACUAGAAGUCCAAAAAGACAUCAAAUGUGUGCUCUACCUCGUAGCUAGAGUAGAGAUUUAAAUGUAAUAGUUUCUAAACAUAGUUGUAAAUUAUAAAGAAUUAUCUUUGCCAUUUUAAGCUCUGUAUUCUGUGUAACCUAUAGCCUAGUUUUUGCAGUUUUAUGAAUGUUAGCUUUUAUGCAUACUCUGUAUAACAUAAUUGUUAGAGAUAUUUUGUAGAGAUUGAAACCAUUUAGAUUGUAUUAAAUAUAUAUAUAAUUACCUUUACAAAACAAAUGCUGAAGAAGCAAAAUUGUUUUGGAAAACGAAAAAGUGUGGUUGCGCCUUUAAAUGUUAGCCUGGACUAUCAAAUAAAGGCUUAAAGCUGAAAAUGCAGAUAUACACUAAAAUAAACUAAAAUAUAUAUAGUAUAUAAAAUUUAAUAUAUAAAUAAAUAAAAUUAGAAGGGCUGAAAUAUCAAGAAAAGGAAAUAAUAUAUGUACUUUUUUUUAUUUUUUAUAAUGAGCUUUUAUUCGGUUUUCAAAUGAAAGGUAACACUUGGGGACACGCAGGACCCCUGUUCAAACAUACACAAACAUAAGGAUCGGACAUGCAGGUCCGGUUGCAAUAGCUGUCGAAACAUUGAUACAUCAUAAGUAAAUUGCAGGGAUUUGUGGUGAAAAUAAUUCACCAAGAUUGAACCCUGGAGCUAAAUAUGGGGGGGGGAUACUUAUAAAUUAAGUUUAAUGCUCCAAAGAGCAAGUCAGAAUGCGUUGCUGUAAUAUAUAUUAAUGGAUUUAUCCAUAUAGAUUGAGGAGCAGGUUUUGUCAACAUCUUGAAAUGAAGGUAACACAAAAAAAAAAAAAAAAAAGAAAAGAAAUUUCCAGAGACAAGUGAGAUGCACAUUAUACCUGAUACAUACUGUACUUAGCACCCACUGUACCUAGCACUCACUUAACCCAGCACUCAUUGCACCUGGCACUCAUUGCAUCUAGCACACACUGUACCUAACACUCAUUGUACCUAACACUCAUUGUACCUAACAC